CCCGCCCGCCGGAGGCGUUUGGUGUGCGCGCCCGCCCGCUCGCCCGCGCCUCCAUCCAUCCUCCUUCCCCUCUCGAUAGGAAGGGAUGGUUGAGUCCACCAGCAGCGGCGAAGGCGGAGGAGGAGGAGGAAGAGGCAGCUUCAACCUCAGCAGCCGCAGCAGCUCCUUCUCCUGUCGCUAGCCGAAGAAGUGCUUGCUUGUCCUCCUCCUCAGCCGUGACAAGACGGACACCCGCUCUUCCCUUUCAACCCACCCAGGGAAGGAAACGCCGCCUCAACGCCCCUCCUGCUGUUGCCUCCGCCGCCUCCUCCGCCGCCUUCUUCUCUCUGGGAGCCGUCGUGGUGGGAUUUCCUCAGAGGCCUCCCUUCUCCCUAGUUGUCUUCACCUAGUCGCCUAGUUGUCUCUUGCUCCUCCUGGGGAGCCCUGGCCGGCACUUGAUGCUAUGAGAAGGAGAGCCGAGGCAACUCGCAGCAGUCCUGCAGGAGGAGCAGGAGGAGGAAGAAGAGGAGGAGGAGGAGGAGGCGGCGUCGGAUGCUGCGCCUCCGUUGCCUCUGCUGCUGCUGCUGUUGCCACCUGGAGCUGCUGCUGCUGCUGCUUCCCGCUCUCUUGCCGCCGCCUCGCUUCGCCCUCUGGUGAUCCUCUGGCCCCCUUCCUCCUCCUCCUCGCCUCCUCGGCCGGCUGCCUGGCUGGCUCCCCUUCCCUUAUGUGUGUGGAAUAACUGCAGACAUGACGGCGCGGAGGCAAGAGGGGAUGCUGCUGCUGAUGCCGAUGCUGCUGCUGCUGCUCAUGCUGGUGGUGGUCCUCGCUGCAGCUCAGGGUCAGAACUGUGGAGGUUUAGUUCAGGGUCCAAAUGGUACAAUAGAGAGCCCAGGAUUUCCUCAUGGCUAUCCAAAUUACGCCAAUUGCACAUGGAUCAUCAUCACAGGAGAGCGUAACAGGAUACAAUUAUCAUUUCAUACUUUUGCCCUUGAAGAAGAUUUUGAUAUUUUGUCUGUUUAUGAUGGACAGCCACAACAAGGAAAUCUGAAAGUGAGGCUUUCUGGAUUUCAGCUGCCAUCAUCUAUAGUGAGCACAGGUUCUAUACUCACUCUCUGCUUCACUACUGACUUUGCUGUGAGUGCCCAGGGAUUCAAGGUUAUAUAUGAAGUGUUACCCAGCCAUACGUGUGGCAAUCCCGGUGAAAUACCUAAAGGAGUUCUUCAUGGCACAAGAUUCAAUAUUGGAGAUAAGAUCCGCUAUAGCUGUAUCACAGGCUACAUCUUGGAAGGUCAUGCUAUGCUGACAUGUAUCAUGAGCCCUGGAAAUGGAGCAUUAUGGGAUUUCCCUGUACCGUUUUGUAGAGCUGAAGGUGCUUGUGGAGGAACUCUCCGUGGGACAAGUGGAAUUAUUUCAAGUCCUCACUUUCCUUCAGAGUAUGAUAAUAAUGCUGAUUGCACAUGGACCAUUCUAGCUGAACCUGGAGAUACUAUAGCUCUGAUUUUUACAGACUUCCAAUUAGAAGAAGGCUAUGAUUUCUUAGAGAUCAGUGGGACAGAAGCACCAUCAAUAUGGUUGACUGGCAUGAAUCUGCCCUCUCCUGUCAUCAGCAGCAAAAAUUGGUUAAGGCUCCAUUUCACUUCUGACAGUAAUCACCGGAGGAAAGGAUUUAAUGCCCAGUUCCAAGUGAAAAAGGCAAUUGAGCUGAAAUCAAGAGGAGUCAAGAUGCUGCCAAAUAAAGAUAGCAACCAUAAGAAUUCUGUCUUGAGUCAAGGUGGUGAUGCAGUUGCGUCAGAUACAUGUCCAGAUCCAGGAAUUCCUGAGAAUGGAAAAAGGGCAGGCUUGGAAUUUCGGGUUGGGGCUAGUGUCCAGUUCAGCUGUGAUGACAACUAUGUGCUUCAAGGUGCAAAAAGUAUAACUUGUCAAAAGGUGACAGAUACACUUGCUGCUUGGAGUGACCAUCGGCCCAUAUGCCGUGCCAGAACAUGUGGUUCCAACCUCCGUGGACCUAGUGGGAUUAUUACAUCACCUAAUUAUCCUGUACAGUAUGAAGACAAUGCACAUUGUGUGUGGGUUAUAACAACCCUCGAUCCAGAAAAGGUCAUAAAGCUUGCCUUUGAAGAAUUUGAGCUGGAAAGAGGAUAUGACACUCUCACAGUAGGGGAUGCUGGGAAAGUGGGAGAUACUCGAACAGUGUUGUAUGUGCUGACUGGUUCAAGUGUUCCUGACCUUAUUGUUAGCAUGAGCAACCAGAUGUGGCUCCAUUUGCAAUCAGAUGACAGCAUCGGCUCACCUGGAUUCAAAGCUGUUUAUCAAGAGAUAGAGAAAGGUGGGUGUGGUGAUCCUGGCAUUCCAUCCUAUGGGAAGAGAACAGGCAAUAGUUUUCAGCAUGGAGAUACCCUUACUUUUGAAUGUCAAGCAGCAUUUGAACUUGUGGGAGAGCGAAUGAUCACGUGCCAACAGAAUAACCAGUGGUCUGGCAAUAAACCUAGUUGUGUUUUCUCAUGUUUCUUCAACUUCACAACACCCUCCGGAAUUAUACUUUCACCAAACUACCCUGAGGAGUAUGGAAACAACAUGAACUGUGUGUGGCUAAUUAUUUCAGAACCUGGGAGUCGAAUACAUCUUAUUUUCAAUGACUUCGAUGUAGAGCCUCAGUUUGAUUAUCUAACAAUGAAGGAUGAUGGGAUUUCUGACUUACCAGCUCUUGGUACAUUUUCUGGCAAUGAUGUGCCUUCCCAGAUUGCUAGCAAUGGGCACAUAGUACGUCUUGAAUUUCAGUCAGAUCAUUCUACUACUGGAAGAGGAUUUAACAUAACUUAUACUACAUUUGGUCAGAAUGAAUGUCAUGAUCCAGGAAUUCCCAUCAAUGGAAGACGCUUUGGAGAUAGGUUCCUUCUAGGAAGCUCUGUUUCCUUUCAUUGUGAUGAUGGCUUUGUAAAAACCCAGGGCUCGGAGACCAUAACUUGUAUUAUGCAAGAUGGAAAUGUUGUAUGGAGUUCUACUGUUCCACGUUGUGAAGCCCCAUGUGGGGGCCACCUAACAGCAUCGAGUGGAGUUAUUUUGCCCCCAGGCUGGCCGGGAUACUACAAAGACUCUUUAAACUGUGAAUGGGUAAUUGAAGCAAGGCAAGGGCACUCUAUUAAGAUCACCUUUGACAAAUUCCAAACAGAAGUAAAUUAUGAUACUUUGGAAGUCAGAGAUGGGUCAAGUAGCUCAUCCCCUUUAAUUGGAGAAUACCAUGGUACCCAAGCACCACAAUUUCUUAUUAGCACUGGAAACUUCAUGUACCUGCUGUUCACUACCGAUAACAGUCGCUCAAGUGUUGGUUUCUUAAUCCACUAUGAGAGUGUUACGCUGGAGUCAGAUUCCUGCCUUGACCCAGGAAUUCCAGUGAAUGGUCAUCGACGAGGCAACAAUUUCAGUAUCCGAUCUACAGUAACAUUUAGCUGUGAUCCUGGUUAUACUCUCAGUGAUGAUGAGCCACUAGUCUGUGAAAGAAACCAUCAGUGGAACCAUGCCCUGCCAAGUUGUGAUGCUCUAUGUGGUGGUUAUAUCCAUGGAAGAAGUGGAACUCUCCUGUCACCAGGUUUUCCAGAUUUUUAUCCAAAUUCCUUAAACUGUACGUGGACAAUUGAGGUUUCUCAUGGCAAGGGUGUACAGCUGAUCUUCCACACUUUUCAUCUGGAGAGCUCCCAUGAUUAUUUGCUCAUCACUGAAGAUGGAAGCUUCACUGAGCCUGUGGCCAGAUUAACUGGAUCUGUUUUGCCUCCUACCAUUAAAGCUGGACUCUUUGGAAACUUCACUGCACAACUUCGGUUCAUUUCUGACUUUUCCAUUUCCUAUGAAGGUUUUAACAUAACAUUUUCAGAGUACGAUCUGGAGCCUUGUGAUGAUCCAGGUGUCCCAGCCUUCAGCAGAAGAAUAGGAUUUCAUUUUGGUGUUGGAGAUUCCUUGACGUUUUCUUGUUUCCCUGGAUAUCGUUUAGAAGGUGCAAAUAAGCUUACCUGCCUGGGUGGUGGCCGCCGUGUAUGGAGUGCACCUCUGCCAAGGUGUGUGGCUGAAUGUGGUGCAAGCGUGUCUGGAAAUGAAGGAACACUGCUGUCACCAAAUUUUCCAUCUAAUUAUGACAACAACCAUGAAUGCAUCUAUAAAAUUGAAAUUGAACCUGGGAAAGGCAUCCACCUGAGAGCUAGAACAUUUCAGCUUUAUGAAGGAGAUACUGUUAAGGUAUAUGAUGGAAAAGACAGUUCAUCACGUCUUUUGGGGACUUUCUCAAAAAAUGAAUUGAUCGGGCUCAUUCUCAACAGCACAUCUAAUCACUUAUGGAUAGAAUUUAAUACCAAUGGAUCAGACACAGACCAAGGAUUUCAGCUCACGUAUACAAGUUUUGAUUUAGUGAAAUGUGAGGACCCUGGAACACCAAAUUUUGGCUACAAGAUCCGUGAUGACGGACAUUUCACAGAAACUGUUAUCUUGUACAGUUGCAAUCCAGGCUACAUGAUGCAUGGUAGUAGUACUAUUACCUGCCUAAGUGGAGAUCGGAGAGUUUGGGAUAAACCUUUGCCUACUUGUAUAGCUGAGUGUGGUGGGCGAAUUCAUGCUGUUACUUCAGGUCGCAUUUUGUCUCCUGGCUACCCAGCUCCAUAUGACAAUAAUCUCCAUUGUACCUGGAUAAUAGAAGCAGACCCAGGGAGAACAAUUAGUCUGCAUUUUAUUGUUUUUGACACUGAGGUGGCUCAUGACAUCCUAAAAGUAUGGGACGGCCCCGUUGAAAGCAGUAUUCUACUCAAAGAGUGGAGUGGCUCGGCUCUUCCUGAGGACAUUUAUAGCACAUUCAACUCGCUGACCUUACAGUUUGACAGCGAUUUCUUCAUCAGCAAAUCAGGAUUUUCUAUCCAGUUCUCAACAUCUGUUGCAUCAACUUGCAAUGACCCUGGAACACCACAGAACGGCAGCCGAUAUGGAGACAGCAGAGAGCCUGGAGACACCAUCACCUUCCAGUGCGACCCAGGGUAUCAGCUCCAAGGGCAGGAUAAAAUUACUUGCGUUCAGCUGAAUAAUCGAUUCUUUUGGCAGCCUGAUGCACCCACAUGUAUAGCUGCAUGUGGUGGAAAUCUUACAGGCCCAGCAGGUGUCAUUUUGUCACCAAACUACCCACAGCCGUAUCCUCCUGGGAAAGAAUGUGAUUGGAGAAUUAAAGUUAGCCCUGAUUUUGUCAUUGCCUUGAUAUUCAAAAGUUUCAACAUGGAACCCAGUUAUGAUUUUUUGCAUAUUUAUGAAGGAGAAGAUUCCAACAGUCCUCUAAUUGGCAGUUUUCAAGGCUCCCAGGCACCUGAAAGAAUAGAGAGUAGUGGCAAUAGCCUGUUUCUGGCAUUUCGUAGUGAUGCUUCCGUUGGCAUGUCAGGAUUUGCCAUUGAAUAUAAAGAAAAACCACGAGAAGCUUGUUUUGAUCCGGGUAACAUAAUGAAUGGAACAAGAAUUGGAGCAGACCUUAAACUUGGAUCAAGUAUCACUUAUCAGUGUGAUUCUGGAUACAAAAUUAUUGACCCUUCCACUAUCACUUGUGAAAUUGGCAUUGAUGGAAAGCCUGCAUGGAACAGAGUUUUACCAUCUUGUAAUGCUCCCUGUGGGGGCCAGUAUACUGGAUCAGAUGGAGUGGUUUUAUCACCAAAUUAUCCUCAAAACUACACUGUUGGUCAGACUUGUCAGUACUCAAUUACUGUUCCUAAGGAAUUUGUUGUAUUUGGACAAUUUGCCUAUUUCCAAACAGCUUUAAAUGACGUCGUAGAGUUAUUUGAUGGCGAGCAUGCACAGACUAGACUUCUGAGUUCACUUUCUGGAUCUCACUCAGGAGAGACCCUACCUUUAGCAACAUCCAAUCAAAUUCUUUUGAGGUUUAGUGCCAAAAGUGGGGCAUCUGCCAGAGGCUUCCAUUUUGUCUAUCAAGCGGUUCCACGAACAAGUGAUACGCAGUGCAGCUCUGUCCCAGAGCCGAGAUAUGGGAGGAGGAUUGGCUCUGAAUUUUCGGCAGGUUCUGUUGUUCGCUUUGAAUGUAGUCCUGGCUACCUUCUGCAAGGCUCCAAAGCCAUCCGCUGCCAGUCGGUGCCUAAUGCAUUGGCCCAGUGGAAUGACACUGUGCCAAGCUGUGUGGUGCCAUGCAGUCGAAAUUUCACUGAAAGGAGGGGUACUAUCUUAUCUCCGGGUUAUCCUGAACCUUAUGGUAACGGCUUGAAUUGUGUGUGGAAAAUAAUAGUGACUGAGGGAUCAGGUAUUCAGAUCCAGGUCAUAAGCUUUGCAACCGAGCAUAACUGGGAUUCACUUGAAAUCUAUGAUGGUGGUGACAUGAUAUCACCAAGGCUUGGGAGUUUUUCAGGUACUACAGUACCAGCAUUGCUGAACAGCACCUCCAAUCAACUUUAUUUGCAUUUUCACUCUGAUAUUAGUGUGGCGGCAGCAGGUUUUCAUCUGGAAUACAAAACUGUAGGCCUUGCUGCCUGUUCAGAACCAGUAAUCCCUAGCAAUGGAUUCAAAAUAGGUGACAGAUAUUUGGUGAAUGAUGUUUUGUCGUUUCAGUGUGAACCAGGAUACACAUUGCAGGGACGUUCUCAUAUUUCUUGCAUGCCUGGAACAAUUCGCCGUUGGAAUUAUCCUUCUCCUCUUUGUAUUGCAAAAUGUGGCGGUACACUAACAAAUUUGGCUGGAGUGAUCCUAAGCCCAGGCUUUCCAGGGAACUAUCCUAGUAACCUAGGCUGCACAUGGAAGCUAUUAUUGUCUGUCGGAUAUGGGGCACAUAUACAAUUCUUGAACUUUUCUACUGAAGCUAACCAUGACUUUCUUGAAAUCCAGAAUGGCCCUUAUCACACAAGCUCAAUGAUUGGCCAGUUCAGUGGAACAGACCUCCCACCUUCUUUAUUAAGCACAACACAUGAAACGCUCAUCCAUUUUUAUAGUGACCACUCAGAAAAUAGACAAGGAUUUAAACUUGUAUAUCAAGGUUAUGAAUUACAGAAUUGCCCAGAUCCUCCCCCAUUUUUCAAUGGAUACAUAAUCAAUUCUGAUUAUAGUGUGGGGCAGUCAAUAUCUUUUGAGUGCUAUCCUGGAUAUGUAUUGAUUGGUCAUUCUGUUCUCACUUGCCACCAUGGGAUCAACAGGAACUGGAACUACCCAUUUCCAAAGUGUGAAGCUCCUUGUGGCUAUAAUGUAACAUCUUCAAAUGGUACGGUGUACUCCCCCGGAUUUCCAGAUGAAUACCCCAAUUCAAAAGAUUGUACAUGGCUAAUUACUGUACCCCAGGGCCAUGGUAUCUAUAUCAAUUUCACUUUACUCCAAACAGAACUAGUGAAUGACUACAUUGCAGUUUGGGACGGGCCAGACCAAAAUUCACCUCAGCUGGGAGUGUUCAGUGGGAAUACUGCUCUUGAGACAGCUUAUAGCUCAAGCAAUCAAGUCCUUCUCAAGUUUCACAGUGAUUUCUCCACUGGAGGGUUCUUUGUUCUCAAUUUUCACGCAUAUCAGCUUCAGAAGUGCCAGCCUCCCCCAGCAGUUCCAGAAGCUGACCGGCUUACAGAAGAUGAUGAUUUUGAAAUAGGGGACUUUGCCAAGUAUAAGUGUCAUCCUGGAUAUACUCUGGUUGGAAAUGAUAUGAUGUUCUGUAAGCUAAAAGCACAGCUCCAGUUCGAAGGGUCCCCUCCCUUUUGUGAAGCACAAUGCCCUGCAAAUGAAGUCCGUCCAGAUUCAUCUGGAGUAAUUCUCAGUCCUGGUUAUCCGGGAAACUAUCCUCAUUCACAAACUUGCUCCUGGACUCUUAAAGUUGAACCAAAUUACAACAUCUCUGUGUUUGUAGAAACAUUCCAAAGUGAAAAACAGUUUGAUGAGCUGGAAUUAUUUGAUGGUCCUUCUGGACAAAGUCCUCUUUUGGUUGCCUUGAGUGGAAAUCACACAGGACAAUUGAACUACACAAGCAGAUCAAAUCAGCUGUAUCUUCGUUGGUCAACUGACCAUGCAACCAGUAAGAAAGGGUUCAAGAUACGUUAUUCAGCUCCUUACUGCAGCUUAAACCAUGUUGUGAAGAAUGGUGGAAUUAUUAAUAAAACCAGGAACACAGUUGGCAGUACGGUCCACUAUUAUUGUAAGCCUGGAUACAGAAUAAUUGGCCGUAGCAAUGCAACUUGUAGACGUCAUCCAAAUGGCAUGUAUCAGUGGGAUUCCCCUAUUCCACUCUGCCAAGCUGUGUCCUGUGGUAUGCCAGUAUCUCCUGGAAAUGGUUCAGUUUGGGGUAAUGAGUUUGUUUUGGGCAGCAAAGUGAUAUAUGAGUGUAAUGAGGGCUUCAAGCUAGAAUCUAGUCAACAAACAACAGCAGUAUGUCAAGAAGAUGGAUUGUGGAGCAAUAAAGGAAAGCCACCUGUCUGUAAACCUGUGACUUGCCCCAGCAUAGAAAGUCUGCUCUCAGAACAUGUGAUCUGGAGACUGAUUUCUGGGUUGGUGAAUGAGUUUGGAGCACAAGUCAUGCUGAGCUGCAGCCCUGGCUAUUAUUUAGAGGGUCAGAGACUCAUGCUGUGUAAAACUAAUGGAACAUGGAGUGGUGCUGAUGAGAGACCAAAGUGUAAGGUUAUCUCCUGUGGAAGCCUCCCAUCGCCACCAAAUGGUAAUAAGAUUGGCACCCUGACAGUCUAUGGAGCUACAGCAAUCUUUACUUGUAACACUGGGUAUACACUGGUUGGGUCUCACGUACGAGAAUGCUUAGCCAAUGGACUUUGGAGUGGAACUGAAACACAGUGUCUUGCUGGACAUUGUGGUUCACCAGAUCCAAUUGUAAAUGGUCACAUUAGUGGAGAUGGUUUCAGCUAUCGUGACACUGUAGUGUAUCAGUGUAAUCCAGGUUUUCGACUUGUUGGGACAUCAGUUCGGAUAUGCUUGCAAGACCAUAAGUGGUCUGGUCAAACACCAGUUUGUGUCUCAAUCACAUGUGGUCAUCCUGGAAACCCUGCUCAUGGAAUGACCAAUGGCAGUGAGUUUAAUUUGAAUGAUGUUGUCAACUUCACCUGCAAUACUGGCUAUUUACUACAGGGUGCACCACAAGCUCAAUGCCGGAGCAACGGACAGUGGAGCAGCUCCUUACCAACAUGUCGAGUGGUGAAUUGUUCAGAUCCAGGCUUUGUGGAAAAUGCAGUGCGUCACGGUCAGCAGAAUUUCCCUGAAUCUUUCAAGUAUGGAAUCAGUGUGGUAUACCAUUGCAAGAAAGGGUUUUAUCUUCUGGGAUCCUCUACUUUGACCUGUAAAGCCAAUAGUCUGUGGGACAGAUCAUUGCCCAAAUGUUUGCCAAUAUCUUGUGGACAACCUGGCAUUCCAACCAAUGCAAUUCUAUCAGGAGACAAAUUUACGUAUGGAUCUACAGUUCACUACUCUUGUGUUGGAAGUCGAACUCUCCUAGGAAACUCUAGCAGAGUAUGCCAAGAAAACAGCCGCUGGAGUGGAAAUCUUCCACACUGUUCAGGAAACACCCCAGGAUAUUGUGAUGAUCCUGGAGUGCCAUCUCAUGGCUCUAGACUUGGGGAUGAGUUCAAGAUAAAAAGCCUGCUACGUUUUUCCUGUGAAAUGGGUUAUCGGUUAAGAGGUUCCCCAGAACGAACAUGCCUCCUUAAUGGAUCUUGGUCUGGUUUUCAGCCAGUUUGUGAAGCUGUAUCUUGUGGAAAUCCUGGAACACCAGCCAAUGGCAAAAUAAUUUAUAGUGAUGGGAUUUCAUUCUCCAAUUCUGUCAUCUAUGCCUGCUGGGAUGGCUACAAAACUUCUGGGCUGACUACUCGGCACUGUACAGCCAAUGGGACGUGGACUGGCACAACCCCUGACUGCGCAGUGAUCAGUUGUGGAGACCCUGGUGAAGUACCAAAUGGAAUUCAGUUUGGAAAUGAUUUCACCUUUAAUAAGACAGUAAGCUAUCAAUGCAAUCCAGGGCACCUGAUGGAACCUGUUGGUGCACCCACAAUACGCUGUACCAAAGAUGGCACCUGGAACCAGAGCAAACCCAUCUGCAAAGCUAUCACGUGUGGCCCACCUCCCCAAGUGCUGUAUGGAAAGGUAGAAGGAUCAGAUUUUCAAUGGGGAUCAAGCAUAAGCUACAGUUGCGCUGAUGGGUAUCAUGUUUCCAAUUCUGCUAUCCUUUCAUGUGAAGGACGAGGAGUUUGGAGGGGAGAGAUUCCACAAUGUCUGCCUGUCUUUUGUGGCGAGCCUGGUGUCCCAACAGAGGGCCGACUCAAUGGGAAAAGUUUCACCUAUAGAUCUGAAGUAUCUUUUCAGUGCAGACUACCUUUGAUAUUGAUAGGAUCUUCAAGGAGGAUAUGCCAGGCAGAUGGUAGCUGGAGUGGAAUUCAGCCAACUUGCAUUGAUCCUGCUCAUAACAGUUGUCCAGACCCUGGUACACCACACUAUGGAUUACAAAACAGCUCAAGAGGCUAUGAGGUUGGGAGCAGAGUCUUUUUCAGAUGUCGAAAGGGUUAUCAUAUACAGGGUUCUACAACACGUACUUGCCUUGCAAAUUUAACAUGGAGUGGGAUGCAGCCUGAAUGCAUUCCUCAUGCUUGCAGACAACCAGAGACUCCAGCCAAUGUUGAUGUAAAAGCAAUAGAUCUACCUACCUUAGGCUACACUUUGGUAUAUACAUGCCAGCCUGGAUUUUUUCUUACUGGUGGAUCAGAACAUCGGACAUGUAAGCCUGAUAUGAAGUGGACAGGCAAAUCACCUGUUUGUAAAAGUAAAGGAGUGAGAGAAGUUAAUGAAACAAUAACUAAAACUCCAGUUCCUUCAGAUGUAUUUUUUAUAAAUUCAUUGUGGAAGGGCUUUUACGAGCACCUAGGGAAAAGGCAGCCUGCAACUCUAACUGUUGACUGGUUCAAUGCUACAAGCAGUAAGGUGAAUGCUACAUUCAUCGAAGCAUCCAACACACAACUUAAAUUAUCAGGUAUCUACAAGAAAGAAGAAGCCCAUUUGCUUUUGAAGAUUUAUCAAGUAAAAAAUCCUAGAGAUGGUUUUACAAGCAAGCUCCAAAAUGACAAGUGGGCAUUAGAUGGUUAUGUAUCAUCAGGACUUGAAAGAGGCAUCUUCACUUAUCAAGGUGACAUACAUGGAAAAGAUUUUGGAAAAUUUAUGCUCCGAAGGCAAAGUCCUCUAAGUGUAGAUACCGAUCACCCCAAUCACUACUAUGGUACAAACAGCAGUUCUGUUGCAGCUGCAAUCCUGGUUCCCUUCUUUGCUCUAAUACUGUCAGGGUUUGCAUUUUACCUCUACAAACACAGGACAAGACCAAAAGUACAGUACAAUGGUUAUGCUGGACAUGAAAACAGCAAUGGACAGGCAUCUUUUGAAAAUCCAAUGUACGAUACAAACUUAAAACCCACAGAGGCGAAAGCUGUGAGGUUUGACACAACUCUAAACACAGUGUGUACAGUCGUAUAGCCUUUAGUGCCCAAUUUGACUGAUUCAUAGCCAUACCUCUGAUGGACAAGCAGUAAUUCCUUUGGUGCCAUAUACCAGUUUCCCUUCUUCUUUCGGGCUUCACUGCAGUAACUGCUAACAUCUAUCAGCAUAGAUGCAGUGAAGCUCCCUGAUGAUAUCUUCAGUCUUCUGGGGAAUCAAGACCAAGAUAAUUUCUCUAUCUCAAGGGUAGAUAUGAAAUACCUGGCUGCAUUUGCUCCAAAUCAAGGCACUUGUUGAAGGAAGACUGCCAAGUCAUACCCAUCUGUCAUAUUUAAAUGCCUCAGACUUUCACAUUUGUAUGUGGCUGGAUGCCUUUCAAUGCAAUCUUCUGGGCACUCGGAUCACUCCUUUGGGAACUGUGACAAACAAUAGCACCAUAAAUUAUCCCCAGGAAUAAGAACAUUCAGGAGGAGAUUUCAACAAAAAACAAAAAGGAUAAGAGGAAAGGAAAGAAGAACAGACACCUCCUUGAAGGAGAAGACAACCUUCCUUGGGAGCUGCACAUGUCUAUAAAAUGCUUUAUCCUUUGGAAACUUGUUAAUGGUUAGAACAACCGUAGGUCUUCAUGCAUAAAGCAGUCUACAAACUUCCCAGUCAGCUGUUGUAUUGCAAAAUGUUAAUGCACAAUUUUUUGCACUAGUGUGGUAUGAAUGACUGAGUUAAGAUACUGGUUUAAAAACAAAACAAAUACAGGGUUUAUACACACUAUCCAUUGUAAAUAAGCAUUUACUCAUUUUUUAAAAAAAACAUUCCAUGAUAAUUUUUUUUCUUGGAGCAUGUGUAAUACAACAACCCCUUCAUUUAGAUCCAAUAGGGUAAUUUAUGAUUAUGAAAAUACUAUAUUUUGGUUUAUUUCCUUCAUCAACACCAGUACAAACCAACCAGAUGUUGGUGGGCAAAUCCCAGGUUUACAAAUUGUCUUUCCCAGAACUGCUUCUUGCUCUUUUGUGCUCACUCCCUGACAUCCUUCAUUACUGUCAGCAUCACACUCUUUUAACAGCAGGGGGGUUAAGCAGUAACUGCUGCUUGCCAUGUACAAAAUGUGAAUAGUAAUUUAUUUUAGAUAGUUCAUAACGCCUGUGGGCCUUGUGCUCAUAAUCCAGUCUUCCCUUUUUCAUUUGUUUUCCAUCUUUUUUUCCUCAGUGAAGUUACAUUGAUUUCCAAUGCUACUUUGAAACGCAUUGCAAUAGCAUGUGUAAACUUUGACCAAUUCAACUUACCAGAGCAACUAUUAUUACACUUCCCCAUGACUCAGAAAAUGCCUCUGUGUGCGUGAAUGUCUUUGCUAAAUUUAAACCAAUACUGCUUAAUGCUUUUGUAAUCAUACAGCUUGACAGAGCAAGUUUGAGAUGUAGAGGUGCCCUACAGAGUAAUAUGGUCAGAGUAGUCACUUCCUUGGCAAAACAAAACAAAAAUAGGUGAUAAUAAUAAAAUUGACAGCUUCUAUACUCACACUAGCCUUUGAAAAUGUGCCACCAAUUCAUAGGCAGUCAACCUUCAGCAUAGAUACAACAUGUGGUACAGAUAGGAGGUAUGUGUGGCACUGCUCAUAUGAACAAACAGUUGUAGGCAUUGGGGGGGGGAGUAGUUCACCCUCUGUAACUAGCUACUCCUCUGGUGAGGAUGGAAAAAAGGCACGGAAGAUUGAUUAUGUGCCAGAGUGGGACCAUCUUUUUGCCCGAAUGUAUUACACACUUUGUUUCAAAGGCUGGUCACAACAAUAAUGAUUUCAUCUAACCAAAUAUGCUGAGUUUCAAGAACUACAAUCAGUUUAUUCUGCAUUCCCAUUGAUAUUUAGGAAAUGGUGUGUAGAGAGCCCAUUAAUAUGACUGAGAUGUUAUUGCACACUGGAUUAGAUUGCAAUGAGGUUUUUUCAUCAUAGGGCGACUCACCCUUGCAUUGUUAAUAUUCUGUUGGUUCCAGCAGUUAUUAAUAUGGUGUGUUCUUUCUCAUAUGGCCCUUAGCAUUAAAAAGAAAACUAUUUGAUCCAGGUUUCAAAUACUGCCACACUCACUUGGCAUCCCAUAGAUCAUCAAAGAAAGAAAGGGCCUUUCAAAAGCAGAUUUUGGUAUGAUAAGGACAGUUUUAUUUUCUUGGGCAUUCCUGGAUCCAUGUUCUUUGGAUCUUGAACAUGCUUUUUUCGAUUAGCUCCAGCCCCCCAAAUUAUUAUUGUAAGGUCCGUUCUACACUGCCAUAUAAUCCAGUUCAAAGCAAAUAAUCUGGAUUUUAUAUGACAGUGUAGAAGGGGCCUUAAACUCUGCUGUGGGAGAAUUUAGAUCUGAUCUAAUUACCAAAAAUAAGCAUUAGCAGAAAACUAUAUGGCUCUGCUAAUGUUAAAUCGCAAAAGAAGGUGCAGGGCAAUCCUUAAUCAAAGCAGAAAACUUUAUAUAGUUUUUGAUGGAAGAUACCAGCAAUAUAAAUAUAUUUACUUGUUCUUCACAAGAAUUAAAAGAAGUUUAAUAUUAUAAACCCAUGAAAUGUCUGGACAUUUUUUGGUUUUUUAAUUUUUUUCAUCCCAUGUAUGUUUACAUUUUAUGCUAUCUAACAGAAUUAUGCAUUGACUAGAAGGGCAACAGUGAUGGUACUGAAAAUGUGUAAGUUUCCUAAUUAAUUAUUUCUUAGUUAGCUUGUACUGUUGUCUGUUACAGAAAGAAAAACCUUGCAUUGCUGCCUUUAUUUAAAAUAACAUUGAUGGCAGAAGUAACUGAAGUCAUUCAUAAAAUUACAAAAGUAUGAGGUAGGACUACCUUUCCUAGUUCUUACCAAAUUGGGUAAAGAAGAAUAAAAGGAGAAGUUUUAAAAUACUGUGGUGUUAGCAUGUGUCCUGAUCCAGAGGUCCUUGUACACUUAUAGGUGUAAAUUGAUCUCCCAUCUAUGGGAGGAUCUUUUAGUUCUGGUGAACAGAGCUGCUUGGAUUAACUCCAUCCUUUGAUGUGAUUUUGGAGAGUGUCCAAGAACAAGACUUUCCAUCCAUCAGACUAAUAUGUACAUUCAUAGUGAUCAAAAACUUGAACCUGAAAAUCAAACUUCACUUUGCUAGUGAAUUCACUUUAUCAAGGAUAAAGCCGUUUAGGCUAAAACAAUGAAUUGUGGGUGUUUUUGCUUAAAACAAAAACCAAUUUUUCUCUGAUACACUCCAAUUUUCAAUUGCUCUUUAGCAUUCUAUCUGCAAUCUCAUUAUUUGCAAUGGAAAUGCAGAACAAAAUGCUUCGUGCUCCCAACAUACCUAGACAUACUUGUAUGUCUCUUGAAAUAGGUCUGUAGAGUUGGGUUUCUUUCGUUGUCACCUCUGUGCCUAUCUCUUGAAAGUGUUCUGUUCCCUUUGUUUGUCAUUAAAACUGCAUUGUAUUGCACUGACCAGGUUAGAUCUUCCAUUUUCCAUUAUUUUCCUAGAUCACCCCCAUGUCCAGACUGUGUACGGUGCAGCACCCUAAGAAAGAUCCUUGAACGUGCCACCCAAAGUCCAUUCAAGCUGAGUGGAGCUUGAGCUACAGUCACUUGAAUGCCAGAAGUGUAUUCGAGAUCAGGUCCUUUGAAUGGUCACCAAAGGCAGUCAUUAAAUCUUCUCUGUGAGAUAUUUACAAUUCUCUUUUCCCCAGACUUAUGAAGACGAAGCAAACGUUGUCAUGCUAUAAGAAAGAACAAUCAAAAACAGGUUAUGUGCUUCAAAGCUGUUUAAAUCUGCUGCUUGUAUCACCCAUCUUGCCUUUCUCCAGGCUAGCUGCAAUAAUUUUUUUUCUUCUGUAAUAUAUUUUGUAAACAAACAAAAAGCUGUUAUUAAAGAAAGGGGGAGGGGGGGAGCUGGCAUUACGAUCGUCAACCUAAUUGUCAUUCCCAGUAUUCCAUUCUGCCAUUUCAUGACAUGCUGCUGUGACAUGAAGUAGGUGCAAAAGAACUUUUUGUACAGAGAUAUAUUUUUUAUGAAAAUUUGUAAAAUUAUUAAAUAUGCUGUACUUUUUGAUUAAUGUAGGUAAAUUGUUAAAAAAAGUUUUUACAAUACAAAAGGAAAAAAAUCCUGUAAUUUUUUCCCAAAACUGUAAAAUGCACCAUCUUUAGCUGAAUUUUCAGUUCUGACCUAUUACACAUGUAUUAAUAUUAAAGUGGCCUGUUUAAAAUAUACAGUAACUUUUUUGGCAAAAAGUAUAAAAGAUUGUAAUAUAGCCUGUGCAAUGCCACCUAUCUUGGAAGCAAAAUCAAAGUUCUAAUUAAAUAUUUAAUUUUAGAUUUCCAUAUUACCGUGUGGGCAGUCUACUGUUGUCGUAGUCUUUUGUUCUGUUCUCUUGAAUCAAAGCAUUUCUACUGAAGGGGGACAGAAUCCUACAUGGGUUUUACAGCUUCAUAAAUGGAAUUAAUGUAUGUUGGAAUUAAAAUGGGUUAAUUUCAUAUAUUUGUAUCCAGAAGAAAGCUGUUGUUAUAUUAUUAUGUAGCAGAGCCAUCCAAAUUUCCUCUGUUUUUCUAAGUUCUCUGUUGAAAAAUGUUUAAUUUUACAAAACAAACAUCAAAAUUAUGGUUGCUAUGAGAUGGUUGUGCAAAUUAGUUCCAUUCUGACUCUUUCGGUGCCAAUAUAUUAUAUGAUUUUUAGUCUUAAAAUAAAGAAAUAUUUUACGCUUUC